CCAGAUAUGCCUAAUGUACUACAUAUAGUACACCGCUAACAAGUCUCGUCCUGCAGAUGGUACAAUGUUUAUAUUACUAAUAUAAGCAUCCAUCCCUUCAGUACGAACCCACCUAUCGUUAGAUAAACACCUCGUUCGGAUUCAUUAGAUAUUAGUGCGCUAUUCGUGUGUUUGAAGUUGGUGAUUUCCACACGAUGGCUGACUUUGGGAUCCGUUUCGCAAGGUAUGUAAAUUUCAUAUAUAAUUUUUUGAAUUAUGUGGAAGUUAUCGUUGGUUUUGUAAAGUUAAAUAAUUAUUGUAUCCCAUGAAAUCGACAUCCAAUCCAAAAAAAUUGAACUUUUUUUCGUAUAGGAGGUUAUAUUUUGGUGUACUACAUAUAGGACAUUAGGAUAAUAGGUAGCUAUCAAUGUAUUUUUAUUACGGAGGGUUUUCACUGAACGAAGCUCUGGCUAUGUGGGAAGAUAGUCCUGAAGUGGCAGCAGAUGUAGAUGAAAUAAUUUUGAUGCCUCCGGAAAGAGAAUUUUUUCGCAACUGGAACUGUGAGAGAGAAUAGACUGCCAGGAAAUACAUUGAUGAAUUCCAAAAAUCUCAAAAAAGAAGAAAUACGUGGGACAUUUGAUUACCAAAAAAUAUCGAAUCAGAACAUCAUAGCAGUGAAGUGGAAUGACAACAGCAUCGUUACAAUAUGUUCUAAUUAUGCCGGAGCGGAACCACUUCAUGUAGUCAAGAGAUACUCUCGGAGAGAAAAAAAAAAUAUUCAGGUUAUGCAACCACAUCUGAUAAAUAUAUGCAACUCAAACAUGGGUGGCGUAGAUCGUUCCGACCAAAAUAUUAGUUUGUAUCGAAUUUCGCUGAGAGGGAAAAAAUGGUAUUUUCCUCUAAUAUCACACUGCAUUGAUAUGUGCGUCCAAAAUGCAUGGCAGUUGCACAAGAAGGAGGGAGGGAACUUCGACCAGCUGAACUUCAGGAGAAGGAUUGCCAUCCUAUUACUUACCCAAAACAAGAAGGAAUACACUUUCCAACAAGGUCAUUCAAGUAAAAAUUCACCACAGAUGGAAUUACGCUAUGACCGGUUGGACCAUAUUGUCUCCCCACAAGACAAGCAGACACGUUGUGGAUAUUGCCAUCAAAAAACAACUACAAGAUGCUUGAAAUGUGAUGUAGGGGUUCAUGUAAAAUGUUUUUAUGAUUUUCACACACAAUCGAGAUCGUGAUCGUAAUAGUAGUGGAACUGCCUAAUGUCCUAUAUAUAGGACGGGCUUAUUUUUGUACGUAGAGUGAAAAAACUUCUAUUUUUUAUACUUGUUAUCAUUUCUUGUCACCCAAAGACCCAAAAUUCUUAAAAAAAAAUUUUUCAAGUCUGCGAAAUAACCUAUAGGCAUAUCUGGGU